UAGAACGAAGUAGACGGCAAAACAUAUAUAUUUCACAUUUCAUAAAAGAAAAUCGUGAGUUAAAGCGAAUAAACAGCUACAGAGAUCGGUUUGAGGGAGAAACGUGAUUGAUAAAGUUGAGUUGAUAGAAAAACAGAAGACAAAACCGCAACCAUGGCACUCAAUGUUUCCACAAAAGUGACUGAGAAUCUCUCGCGCUACGAAAUGGUGGCCUGGGUCAAUAGUCGCCUGCGUUUGGAGGUCACAAGAAUCGAGCAGCUAUGCACGGGAGCAGCAUACUGUCAAUUCAUGGACAUGAUGUUUCCCAACUCAGUGUCAUUAAAGAAGGUCAAGUUUGCUGCAACUCUUGAGAACGAAUACUUACAGAACUUUAAGUUGUUGCAGGCAGCUUUCUUUAAGGUGUCUAUAAACAAGGUUAUACCCGUUGAGAAACUGAUUAAAGGUCGUUUCCAAGAUAACUUUGAAUUUGUGCAAUGGUUUAAAAAAUUCUUUGACGCGAACUACAAAGGUGGGGAAUACGAUGCCGUCGCAGCCCGGGAAGGUGCCUCAAUGGCAUUUGCUUCCGAAAGAGUACCGGGAGCCAGCACCAUCCGACGUGGUUCAUUGACAUCUCGGCGUCCCUCAGGGAUGUCUUUAGGGAGCACCUCUACUUCGUUGGUUUUUCAUCAGCCCAUUGAAAGGGAGAUCCAGACUGAUGUAAAUACGCUCGAGUCGAGUGUCACAUUAGAAUUGCAGAAGGAGCGCGACUUUAACUAUUCUAAGCUUCGCGACAUUGAGGUUCUCUGCCAUAAAUCUGAGGACCCCGAUGUGAUGCCGAUUGUAGAGAGCAUUCAAUCAAUCUUGUAUGCUACUAGUGAGGGAUUUUGCACCCCAAUCGCACCGAAAUCAGAGCAGGGGGAGUAAUAAACGUGAAAUGAAACACAAAACACGAAAUUAUAUAUCCGCAUAUUCAUACUCAAUUUGUUGACCGCUGCUGUUGCUAUACACUACAUUUGAUGAAAAAAUA